AUGCGCGUUGCUUCUCUCCUCGUUGCCCUCUCUACCGCCUCGGCCGCGGCAGCGUACGAACACCCCAGCAGAGUCCGACGCGGCGAGACGCCCGACGGCAAAGUCGCGCCCGGCACCACAAACCAAUGCACAUACUACUUUACCACCACGUCCAAGGAUAACACUUGCACUUUCAUCGAAGGGUACUGGGGUGUCGGCCACAAGGACUUUGUGGCCUGGAACCCUGCUGUCAAAGAAGACUGCUCCGGCAUCGAGAUUGGCUACUCGUACUGCGUCGACGUCAACCACGGCGGCACCAUCACGGCCCCGCCGACGUCGACCCUCCCGCCCGUGCCGUCGCCCACGCUCGCUGGCAUCGCCAAGGACUGCGACAAGUACCACCUCAUCGUCAAGGGCGACACCUGCGGCAGCGUGACCGCCAAGUACGGCAUUUCCAUGGACCAGCUCACCGCCUGGAACACGGCCGUCGACAAGGACUGCGGCGGCUUCUGGGCCGCGUACUACUGCUGCGUGCACAUCGUCGGCGCCGGCACCUCGUCCCCGGGCUCCACGCCUACCACAAGCGACCCCGUGCCCGCGCCGCACCAGACGGGCAUCGCCAAGGACUGUGACAAGUUCUACCAAGUGGUCAAGGGCGACACAUGCGACAGCGUCACCGCCAAGUUUGGCAUUUCCACCGACCAGCUCAUCAUGUGGAACUCCGCCAUUGACAAGGACUGCAACGGCUUCUGGGCCGGGUACUACAUCUGCGUCAAGACCAAGGGCUCCACGCCGACGUCGCCGACGAGCAGCCCGCCGACGACGUCCGCCGGCCCCACGGCCCCCGGCCCCACGCAGACGGGCAUCACCAGCGACUGCCGCGACUGGUACGUCGCCAAGCCAGGCGACUACUGUGACAAGAUUGUCCAGGGCUACUCCAACUUUGACAAGGACACCUUUAUCAAGUGGAACCCGGCCGUCGGCAAGGACUGCGCUGGCAUCUGGGUCAAGUAUGCCUACUGCGUCGGAACCCAGAGCAAGCCGGCCAAGCCGGUCAAGCCGCCGACGGAGUGCACCACGCCGCACCCUACGCCCACGCAGCCCGGCGCCAUUUGCCAGUGCAAAAAGUGGCAUCUGAUCAAGGCCGGCGACAACUGCUGGUCUCUGGCGCAACAGUACAAGGUCAGCGAAAACGACAUCAAGAAGUGGAAUCCCGGCACCGAUUGCAACUUGUGGGUCAAGUACAAUGUCUGCGUGGGUGCCUAA